AUGUCAUCCCUUCCGUCACCAGCGUACGUUAACGCAGAAUAUCAAUCUACACACUACAAUCUCUUCAAAGACUCCAUCACAGUACCGUUGAAACGCGUACUGCCUCCGGGGGUCACACAGUAUGCAUUCGACGCCGCAAUCAUACAGUUUAUGGCUGUAGUCGGGCACGAACAGGUACUUCUAGGUGAUCAGUUAACAGAGUACAUCGAUCCCUAUGAGUUAUGGGAGGCAGAAGGCAAGCGCAAGAUGCCCAGUGCCGCUGUGAGGCCAAGGAAUGUUGAAGAACUGCGGCGCGUACUUGCUAUAUCUAAUGAAUAUUCCAUUCCGGUAUGGACGUUUUCGAGAGGGAAGAAUCUUGGAUAUGGAGGCCCAGCACCGCGCGUCAAUGGCUCCGUCGCCCUAGACCUCCACCGUAUGGACAAGAUCAUCGAGGUCAACGAUGGUUAUGCCUAUGCCGUGGUCGAGCCUGGUGUCACGUUUACUGAGCUCUACGAAUACUGCGUCGCGCAUAAGCUCAAGGUCUGGCCAUCGGUCCCUUCACUGGGCUGGGGCUCCGUGGUCGGAAACACACUGGAUCGCGGAACAGGCUUCACUCCUACCGCAACCCACCAUCAGCAUAUCUGCGGAAUUGAGGCCAUGCUCGCCAACGGCGAGCUCGUACGAACGGGACAGUUCGCCGUCUCCGAGUCCCAAUCGUCGCAUCUGUCCAAAUUCACAUUCGGCCCGAGUAUUGAAGGCUUGUUUCUGCAGUCAAACCUCGGUAUCGUCACCAAGCUGGGUAUAUGGCUUACGCCAGCACCUCAAGCUUUUAUGUCCUGCUCGUUCGAUAUGCCCGACUUUGAUGACGUGGAAACCAUCGUCGACGUGCUCGGUCCGCUCCGUCGCGAUGGAUUACUGCCUAACACCGUGUACGUGUCAAAUCUGGUCGAAUGGCUCGGAAUGAUGGGAAAGCGAGAAGAACUCUGGCCAGAAGCGGGUGCUAUACCAGAAUGGCGCUUGAAGCAACUCCAGGCGCAACUUGGUAUCGGGUACUGGAACGCCAAGUUUGGGCUGUAUGGAGCAAAAGAGGUGGUUCAGGCACACUUCGACAAGUUAAAGAAGAUCGUGGCCAAGCAAGCGCCAAAGGGUCGCUUGAGUGGGGAGAUGUUUUCGGCUGAUGAUGGGGGGACGCUGGAUCCGGCGAGCGUUGCUGAGCCUCAUGGAGGGUUCUUCGUCGGCGUGCCGAGCCUCUGGAGUUUGCCAAUGGUCAAAUUCAGGUUGCCUAAGGAAGGUGGAGGAAUCGGGGCGCAUUAUGACUAUAGUCCGAUCAUUCCUUCGAGUGGAAAGACCGUAUUGGACUGGGUGAAAGUUGCGAAGAGGAUAUGCGAGGCCGAGGGUUUUGAUCUGUUCUGCGAUUUCUUCAUGCACGAACGACAUGUCAUCUUCGUCAACAUGAUGACUUUCGACAAGACGAACUUGGAGCAUCGUCGGGCAGUACAGGCCAUCUUCCUGAAUCUGUUUGAAGAGGGCAAGAAGAGAGGCUUCAGCAAAUACAGAAGUCACAUCAACACCAUGGACCUUGUUGCUUCGUUGUACGACUUUAAUGACCAUGCAUAUCGACGAUUUGUAGAGACGAUUAAGGAUGCACUUGACCCCAACGGGAUCCUGUCACCCGGUAAACAGGGGAUCUGGCCGAAGCGCUUUCGCGAGAAUGAUAGAUUGAAGGCACAGCUGUAA